AUGUCCUUGCUGUUUGUCUGGGGCAUUCCUAACCUACUCUUUUUCUUUAAAUGGAUGAAGACAGCUUGUUUCUUACUGCCCACGACUGCAGACGGAGGCCCUGUUGCUGUACGCUGGUGUGGGUGCAGAGAAAACUGCAUCUACCUCAAAGAGCUGUCCGCCAUCGGUCGAACGCCCAGUGCCUCCAUCUGUCCUGCUAGAAAGGGAUUUAACUUCGUGCUAAUAAUUUUACCGCCACAGAGUCAAGAUACCGUCUACUGCAUUGAUUUUAAAGUAAAGCCAGUAAUGUUUAAUGAUACAAGAGUGAAACUUCAAAUAUGGGAUACUGCUGGCCAGGAACGAUUCCAUACACUUAGUACUAGCUAUUUUCGUGGCGCACAAGGCUUUGUUCUUGUAUAUGACAUCACAAAUCUGGACAGUUUUCAAAGUAUAGCAAGCUGGAUGAAAGACAUACAUGAGAAAGCAGGUGAUGAAGUGGAUGUAAUACUGUUGGGCAACAAGUGUGAUAAGGAGUCAGAACGUGUAGUACCAAAACAGAAAGGAGAAAAGCUUGCUUGGGAACAUGGAAUACCCUUUUUUGAAACCAGUGCUAAAGAUAAUGUGAACAUUGAGGAUGCAUUCUCACUCUUGACUCAGGAAAUACUGGAAAAGGUUUCUGCAGAAUAUGCAUACUGUGAAGAUGCUGCACGCUGA